AUGUCGGAGCAGCCCCGUCGGUCGCGUCGAUCAUCAAUUACUGGGCAUCUCAACCGUGUGUUUAACAAGUCCCAGGAGAAACGAUACAGUUCUCAUGGCGACCUUGUGUCUCCAGCUGCGCGCCGCGAAGCGUUUGCGCACAACAAGGCAGCAAGCGACCAUUCCUGGACCAGGCGCUCUUUGAAGGAUGAAACUGGGCCAAGUUCAGUUUCCUACUCUUCUAUGCACUCUCGUUUGCCCUCUACUGGCACACCUGGCUCUAGCCCAUCAGUUGCACCGGUUGGAGUCCCUGAGGAUGAUACCCCAACCCAGCCAAUGACACCGCUGGCCAUUAACAAUCCCAACGAUGGAGCCAAGAUCUGUAAAUCUCCGACGUGGGAUACAAGCAAAAAGGAAAAGCGUGUCACAAGGAGAUUGGAGGCUGAGAGAAAGGAACUUGAGAAGCGUUUGCAAGCCCUCGAGGAAGCCCAACUCAAUGCAGACCAUGGAAUCUACGACAGAAACUCCCGUCGACUGACCAAGAAGCAACCCGUCAGCACCUCGAGCAGAUCUUCUAGCGCAAACAGGGAACGGCCCCGAUCUUCCAGCGGCUUCUCUUCGCUGUUUAGACGUUCUCGUUCAAACUCCAAUGCGAGUGACGCCGACUUCCAGUCUGCCGACGCCAGCCAGCUUCGGACAGAUACUAGCCCCCCAUCUCUCCCUCUGACUCUGCCAGAAAGGUUUGGUACAGCCAUUACACGAGAGCUGGCUUCCAAACACGGCACUUCACUGAAUCUAUCCACCAACCAGCAAAAGCAGAACCCAACGAACUCGACAAAUUCAAUGCAACGCCGGUUGGCCUUGCAUUCGGCAGCCAAGUCUGAUGAUCUUCGCGAGAGUUGGAAAAUGGCCGAGGCAUGGAAGACAAAGAAUGAUGAGAAUGUCCCAAACCCGCUAAUGCCUGAGCAGACACAGGGCAAUGUCAGUGGCUUGCCCAAAUCCCCACACGGUGCUCAAGGCAGCGAGACAAAUACUCUCCCGCGUGAUUUAGAUCGUGAGCAGUUCUCUGCGGUGCUUAAACAUGAUCGGAAGAGUGUACCAGUGACGGACUACUCCCUUGAGCGUCUCACUCGGAACGAUGGCUCGUACAGGGCUACCACCAUGCCAACAUCAAAAACCUCAACGCAAGCUGAUCUUCUUCAGCAUGGAUUGCCUACUCUCAAAGUUUCCACAGCGCGGCAGCUGCAAGCAAUACCCCCUCCAGAAACUCUAGAGUAUGCAUCGAGUUCACCUGCUGCAUCAACCUAUCAUCCCCUCCAACUGGCGCACGCAAACUCUACAGGGGACCUUGUCAAACCAGGUCGAUUGGAACCUAACUCGCAUACCCAACCAAAGAUCUACAAAUCUUCCCCUCUUGCUUUGAACCCCGCAAACACAGAUGACGUGGCUCAGAGAAAUUCUAGGAUCCCGAAGGCAUCGACAAUGCCAAGUCUCCAUGCGAACGCAUCGCAGCUAGCUCGACAUCCUCUUCAGCCUGAUGACAAUCGAGGGAGAAGUCGCUUGCCUACGUCUUCUGGUCCUAUUCAGCAGAGUCGAUUCAAGGAAAAUUUUCACGAGGGCCCAGAUUCACCUGAACCGCCACAGAUACCUAUCAAAAGUGAAAGGCGAAGCCAAGACAGCUGGAGGCAAUCAACUGCUUCAACCGAUAAUGUUUUACCACAUACACCGAGAGACGAUCCAGCUCCUUUUAAAGUGGCUGUUCGAUCUCCUUUCCACACGGGAAAUUCUUCGCCUGAUGAGCAAUCUCAUCCAUCCACCAACAAGGAGAACAGACGAACAUCGACAAACUUGGCAGAUGGGUCGUACUCUGUUCCUGCGAGAUCUCCCCGUCGAACCUCUUACAAUUCGAAUGAUACCUCAGGGAACCAGGAUAAGCGCAGGGGACCCGGAGGAUUCUUUCCAGGGCACAACCGCACACCGUCCUACACUUCUUCCCAUGAUGAACAUUCGAAUUAUGAUACUGCGGACGAAGAUACACCUGAGUCUCCUGAAUUACACCUUAACUCGCUGACUCGUGUGGAGACUAAGCCUGAGGCCACUGCGGAGGCAACUACACAAGACCUUCCUGCUAGUCGAAUGCCCCAACCUGGCAGCCAACCUGAUACUCCUCCACUCCGAAACGGCCCUAUAAGUAUUCUUAAAAGAAGAUCCCAAAAGAAUAAAAGCCCACGGAAACCCCAAACCAUCGCCAAAAUCUUCGUCAUCUGCUGCCGCUGCAAAUACUGGCAAGAUAUGCCCUCCGAGGUCUAUGCCCGACUUGCCUGUCCAGAACGUCUCGGCACAGAGUCAAAGCUUGGUCGAUCCCAUUCAAAGAAAUCCAAUGUCCUCAUCCCAGACCACACUGGUAGCCGGCGACUCUCUGGCUCGCGACAAUUCGGCAACCUUUCUAUCUCCCGUAGCUCCCAGGGUAUGUCUGAUUUGCGCCCAGCUCCUCUCUUGCCUCACAAAGUGACUUGCUGUUGGUGUGGCCACAACAUGAGCCGAUCUUGCUGUGAGGGAUGGACUACUGUUGUCGAGAUGCGUGAGCGUCAUCAUUGA